ACGUCAGUACGCUGUGGGGCGUACUGUACAAUUUUUGAAGCAUUUGUCUAUAGUCAAUUUCUUGAACAACUUAAUUUGACUUGGGUAACAAAUAUCUUAUAAAUUAUUCUAACGCCUUUUUCUAGAUCUACAAACAUGCAGAUCUUUGUUAAGACAUUAACAGGAAAAACCAUCACUUUAGAGGUUGAAGCUUCUGACACAAUAGAAAAUGUAAAAGCUAAAAUCCAAGACAAAGAAGGAAUCCCACCUGAUCAGCAACGUUUGAUCUUCGCUGGCAAACAGUUAGAAGAUGGAAGAACCCUUUCAGAUUAUAACAUCCAAAAGGAGUCAACUCUCCACUUGGUAUUGAGACUCAGGGGAGGAAUGCAAAUCUUUGUGAAAACACUGACAGGGAAAACCAUCACCUUGGAAGUAGAAGCUUCUGACACAAUAGAGAAUGUGAAAGCUAAGAUACAAGAUAAGGAAGGAAUCCCUCCUGAUCAGCAGCGUUUGAUCUUUGCUGGCAAACAGCUAGAAGAUGGAAGAACACUUUUGGAUUACAAUAUCCAGAAGGAAUCCACUCUCCACCUGGUGUUAAGACUUCGUGGAGGUAUAGAUGUUUAUUUCCCAAAACUAGAUAAUGCACAUAAAGAUUGGUUAUUCAAAAAGCAUUUUGAAGAUGCUGGCAGCCUUCUGAAACGUAAGGAAUACUUGUGUUACAGUUAGUAAUUUGAUAUGUGAUUGUGUCUUUAAACUGCCUUGACAGUAAAAUCUGUCGGCAAUGUCUAGUAAAAUUGAUAGUAUUGAUAAUUCCAUUAUAUUACUUUUUUAUGUACGUUUUGUAAUCAGUAUUUCUGGCUAUUAGUAUAUAAGUGUUUAGCUAUUCAUAUAUAAUGUCAAGAAUGGCAAGUUGUAUUAAUCCAGUUGUAUAACUACACAUUCUU